CAUCACUAAUGUUCAGCAGGUAGCAACGGCUAAAUUCCAUGCUGCACCAAUCGAGCACCAUUCGAGCAGCAGUUUCCCUCCCAAAUGUCAAAUGUGGAAUCAAAACAAAGCCAACCAACUUGAUGGCCAGCUCUAUUUCAGGUGAAACAUUUCUUAAUACAAUAAUGCAAUGUUGAGGGAAAGUGAGCAUUAUUGUAAGGGCGAAUAUAAUCAGCACUAAAAAAAAACAAGGAUUCUUUGAACGUGACUCCGGGAAGCGCCUGCAAGGACAGAGCAAAAACAGCAUUUUGGGCCAUUGAUUGCAGUUGGCACACAAGAUGAGUGGUACUAAGAGUGUUCCGGUUGGUACAGUGAUACCGCCACCCCUUGUUCCUUUGCCUAGUUGCCACGAGCGCGUAAAACAGGUACAGACGCGCCUGCUCAACGAUAUUCCCUUUCCGACGAGAUACAUAGCCAACUGCCGGCUCUGCUUGGGCACCAAAUUUGGAAACCAUAGCACAACCAUCAUUGACGAGCCGCUAGCCACCAUAAUGAGGAAUGUUUUUCCAUUUCCGGUAACGAACCAAAUAGGCCUACCGAUGAAUGUAUGUAGUGCCUGCUUCCAGUCGGUACAAGCGUUUCACUCAUACAGCAAUCUGGUGUUGGCAAACCAGCAGAAGCUGCAAGAAGCGCUGGCCUCAGCCAAGCAUGGCAUUGCUAACGAAGCUCCCCAAACCACCGUUUCCACGGGGGGGAAAGCGCCAGCGAAUGUAGUAGAAAUUGUGUCCGGCAGUGAGGAUGAAUUUCAGGAAGACUACGAACAGCACAUCCUAGACGAAUCUGGCCUGCAGCUGGAAGUGGAAACGAUUGAAGAAGGCCAUGAUCCGUUUUCGCCACCGCUGCGGGAAAGCACACCGGUGCGCGCUCCAGUCACCCCAGUCUCUACUGCUGCUGCUGCUGCUGCUAGUGGCAAAAGCGGAAAAGCUGCAGUAGAGGAUAUCAUUUUUAUCGAUUGCGAAACAAACGAUAACGAUAGCGAUGUAGAAAUACUGUCGGAAGUUUUGGUGCCAUCCGCGACAGGGACACGCCUUACGCCCGGAAGCGACACGGGCCGUGCUGCCGCAAAGCUGCAAAUCACACCCGACGCAACGAAACGGACGGGGACGAAAGCGGUAUACAUUUGCAGCACCUGCAAUGAAACGUUCGACAAGCACUACGAUCUGAUGAUCCAUCAGAAAAAACACUUUAUGAAAGUGUGCCCAUUGUGCAAGCGGUCGUUCAAAUAUUCGGUUAUCAGGGAACACAUCAUUAAGGAUCACGGUGUGUUGAAAGAAAGUAACGGCCAAAAGAAAGCGUUUACAUAGGAGCGGUAGGGCGCGCAAAGGUAAAAUAGUGUUUUUUAAGUGUUAGCUCCCCCCACUCUUCGCUACCACCUAGCGCAGGAUUGAGUUUGUAAAAAUAAAUUAAGUUUGAUCGAGCGAUGCUGCCAUCGAAUUAGCAUCAUCGAUAUCAUCACCGAUAUCACACAAUAUCGUACAGCGCGCUUCCAAAAGCACAGGCCAUGUGUGUUUGGAUGGAACGUUGUUUGUACCUAUUUGUACACUUUAUGAAUGUUGGCCAACGUGUCAUACUAAUUUUUCAGUUGUUUUAACAAAUACGUGGCGUAUCAAAUAUGUUUACUUUACAAUGUGCACAUAUUAAAUGUUCCAAUCGGCUGAAACUAAACAUUUGUACUGAUAGCACUAGCACUUUCCCCUACAUAGGAAUUGGGCAUGGAUUAAUCUGCUUAAGUGUAAGCCAUUGAUUGCCAAAUCCGUUGACGCGUUCUCAAGCGUCGAAAGAUUCUCCUAAUCGUCGUUUGAACCCCUCUCAGGCUGAUAUAUCCCCAUGUCCAUGACAGUAAAGCCUGAUGCGCAUGCGUUGAAAUGUGAGUGAUUAAUGAAAAAGGUUAAUAAAGAGGGGACGUACAAGGAUUGGGACGGUAGAAAUAUUCUA